AACCUAACGGACAGAAACCGCAGAGCAUCCUUUGUUUUCUGGAGCUGGAUAUCCAGCUGUGACACCCACUGACAACCUGCAGCACCUGGAGGAGGAGGGGGAGGCGAACAGUUCCAACAGCCAAUAGCAAAAGCUCCCAACAUAGAAGAAGCUGAUCUGCUCCAAACUGAUCGUGUGGCCAGCUGAAGGGAGGGUUGAAGCCAGUGUGGAGAAGCAGCAAGGCUUUCCUCUUCCACCACACUUUGCUUUUGCUUCGGCCCCGUGGAAGCACUCAUCCACACCACUUCACUGAAACACACUCAUCACUCUUUGUCCUCCUUUCCAUUCUGUCACUGUCCUCGUUCUCUCUCUUUCUAUUCAUCUAUCUGUCCAUCUUGGAACAAGUCAGCAGAACCUCAGCACCGCAAACCACUAGAUACCUCCCAGUCAAUCCAGUCAAAUCAGCUGUCCCACUCAUCCUUCUCAGGCAAUGCAGUAGUAUAGUUGAAUACAGGACUUCACCAGCCCCCAGCCCAGAGUCUGGCUCCGAACCAACGAGUCCUGCAGGCGAUGAGGAGAGCCAGGGGGUUCAUCUCUUUCUAGACUUUCUCUUCUCCACAUUGUGUCUUCAUGUUUUGGGGGUCCUCCGGUGCCCCCGCCCUCUGUCGACCCCCCCGUACCCGCUGCCACCACGGCCGGCCACCCCAGUCGCCUCGUUGCCAUGCCGACAGAGACACUGGCUCCAGCCCUGCCAGAUAGCAAGGCUGCUGGCCCCGCCACGGCCUUCAGUUCCACUGUCCCCCUUCGCAUCCUCAAUAAGGGCCCUGACUACUUCAGGAGACAGGUGGAACCAAACCCAAAGCGUCUCAGUGCUGUUGAGAGACUAGAAGCUGAUAAGGCUAAAUAUGUCAAGAGCCAGGAAGUUAUCAACGCCAAGCAGGAGCCAAUCAAACCACCUGUGCUGGCGAAGCCUCCUGUUGGUCACACUCUCCUGUCCAAGAGAGGCUCUGGGAUUGGUGGAGGGGGAAAUGGAGGUGGGAUACCUUUUAAAGCAUCCAAUAACAACGCCAAGUCAGACACGUGCGCAACAAGCAGCGGCAGCAGCAAGCGGGAGAAUUUAAACCUGGAGAUCCUUAAAAAUCUGCUGAACUCAUCGUCCUCUUCAGGAGCAGGAUCUGAAGGACUCGGAGGUGGAGCUAAGAGUGCUGUGUUGAUGAGGUCAUCAGGAGGGAUGGCCAGGAGUUGGACGCCAUCAGGGAUGCCACUAACGUACCGGUCUACAAUGACACUUAACGAGCAACCAGCUGACUCAGCUCCCAGUCCAAGUACCUCACACUCCCUCCGCUCCUUCUCCCACUCCCUGAAGGUCCCUCCCAUCAACAGCACGGGACGCCGCAGUCCACUACAGGGGGGAAACCUCAACCUGAGCAGACGAGGAGAAGGAGUCAUAGAUCGUUCUCGCUCCCCACUACCGCCUCUCCUCACCUCCCACUCCUCCUCCGACCUCCUCCGACUGUGUAACGGCAAGCCUCUUCGCACGGCCCGAUCCAGCAGCUCCUCAGCUCCUCCCCUCCCUCCGAAACCCAAUCCUGCCUCCCUGCCUCCUCCCGCACUCUCCUUGUCUCUGCUUCCCCCUCAUCCAACUCCAUCCCUCUCCCUCUGUGACAACACCACCCCUAAGUCGCUACCUUGUGAAUUCGGAGAUCCUUCUAACACUUCAAGCGAUGCCAACCUGGAGCUGGAGCUGGGUUCAUCAGUGGCCCGCCGCUCCUCGCUACACAGAUCUAAAUCAGACUUGUCAGACCGAUAUGCUAGGGCUGGAGCCGACGUGGAACGCUUUUUUAACUACUGCGGCCUGGACCCGGAGGAGCUGGAGGCAGUCGGUCCAGAGAACUUUGCGCGGGCCAACUCAGACAUUGUCAGCCUGAACUUCAGAUCAGCUUCUAUGAUCUCCUCCGACUGCGACCGAUCGCGGCGAUCUUCCAACGACGGGCUGUCAGACGCGGACGAGGAUGAGGACGAGGAGGCCGGGGAGCGUGUUCCCUAUGGCAUCUCAGCUGUAGAGAGAAAUGCAAGAGUCAUUAAGUGGUUGUACAGCAUCAAACAGGCAAGAGAGACACAAAAAGUCUCACAUGUUUAGGACAAGCGCUACAGUGGAUCGGAUGGACUGAAACCACAGACAAACUGCCCCUUGUUUCAUAGCUGGACCAGAACAGGCUUCUCACAGGCUUAGAGACUGCUGUCUUGGUGCUGAGCUGAAAAUAUGUGAAAAUGUAUUGAUGGAUGAAUGAAUCGAUGGAAGAGAAGCCUCUUGGUAAGAAAACUGACUUAACAUUUUCUUUAGAAAAAAAGAGAUGAAUAAAGGACUGUAAUCUACUUAGGUUUAAAAGAACAAGACAACACUAUGAACAGAAACAAAUAAUACAUGGACAAAAUGCUGGGUCUGGAGAGACAAACAAACAUGGGACUUGUCUGAAAAGGAACUAGUUAAUGAACUGUUUCUCUAUGGACGCUGUAUAAUCUGACAGACAAAGUCUGUCAAUUUGCUUGAGCAACAAAAGCAAAAUGCACUGCGAUCCUUCAAGGACCCAUGAAGUGGUCACCUCACUACACAUGGUUCUAGGCCUUUCUCACAGAGAACAUUUGGCUUGACCAAUGUAAAGCAUCUCUCUGUCCUCUCAGCAGCUCCUGAGCAACAAACUACCAUAGACACUAUUUACUAAUCUGAUUUGACUGAUAAAAUGGAAGUGUGUAUUCCCUAAAUUGGGCAGAACACUUCUAUACAAACAACUUCUAUUUGGAAUACCAAAAUUUGUUCGACUUUUUGUUGUAGAAUUUAUAUGAUUCUGCCUCCAUCUCAGAUUUGUUGAGGAAAUGUUACCAUAAGGCAGUCAGCAAACAGCUCUACUUUAUCAUCAGUUUUUACAUCUAUGAAGUCAAAUCCAAAAUGUAUACAUAUAUCAUUAUAAUCUAUUAAGCAUAGCUCACUAGUUCUCCUUAAUGUUGCAUUAGCUAGGACAACAAAAACAGCCUAGUUUACUGAUAGAUGACUUACAGUUCAGUGCAGUUAACAAAUUGUCAAUCGUUUGUUUUUGUGUUCCAUCUAUAGACAGUAAAUAGAAUUCAUCGCAGAUCAAUCAAUUUUGCCUACCUUCCUGAUGAAGAACAGACAGUGCGGGGGACUUUUUUCUGUUGUAUUUAAGAUGAAAAAGUGACAACAGACUUUAUGCUAGCUCUGUUCCACUGCUGCAUUUACAACAAUGUCAAGUGUCCACUUUGAGAAAGGCCUACGUCACACUGUUGACAUGUCCGUUAAAACAAACUUUGAAUAGUGUCCUGACAACUUUGCGAAACAGAUACUGAACUCUAUCUGUCAAAAUCACGUUGAAAAGUCAGCGAUGCUGGCACACCGUUUGACCAUAAUGAACCAGCUCAGUUAAGCUGAUAUUUGUUAUAGUUGACUGUUGAAGGAACUAUAACAUUGCAAAAUGUUCAGAAACUCAUUAAACACAAAUGAUGGUAAGCUACGUGUGAGUUGAGCUGGAGAUUGUAAUCGGUAUGAAGGCUGAAAUGUGUGAUGCCUGAGUGAUGAAGGAAACAGACAACACUGACAUACACACACAAUAAAAACUUUAAUCUCUCAAACACACUACAUAAAGGUUACACCACCAUAUCAUUGUGCUCAUGAAUUAUUAACAAAUCUGUCAUUAACCUGUUCAAGUCCAACCAACAAAACAUUUCAGAUUGGAGAGUUUUAGUGUUCUGUGAUGGUUAUUCAGAGGCUUCUCCACACUAACAGGAACAUUGAUAUUUAUUAUUUCAAAAUUACAUUUAGUCCAGACAUUUUUUUUGCCAUUAAAAUGGUGAGGUAUGGUUACAUUUACUAAAUAAAGCAGUAUAAGGCAUAAUAAAUUCCUAACAGGGAUCACAGGGGCAUUUACGCCAAACCUUUCCGGUUCCGUUUAAAUGAACCCUAUCACUGCACUGCAAAAACAGAAAAGUUGGGUGAACUCAAAAUUUCAAGGCAACAAACUUCGAUAAAAUUUUAAGUUGGACAAUUAAACUAAAUAUUUUAAGUUUUGUUUUUGAGUUUGCUCAACUCUGAAUUCAGAUUUAUGUCAACUCAACUGUAAGUUGUACUAACUUAUAAUUUUACAUUGUAAUAACUUUUAAGCCUUACUUCUGCUAACUUCUGCAAUGUGCUGAAUUGGCACUAUUGUAACGCCGCUAUGAAAUGUCAGCUAAUGUUGCGACCACAAUUUUGAGCUACUCUUGUAGCUGUAACAAGCAGCGCUGCUAGCAUCAGUUAUCUGUCUCAUCAGUAAGUUUGAGUCAGAUCAGGUCAAACUCCUCUGAGUCAUAUCAUGUAAUAGAAGAGAAAAGAAAUAGACCACAGAUAUGAAUUAUCUUAUGUCUUUGGUUAUAUCCAAACAAAAACUUGAGAUGGUAAAGUGACCUAAACAAUCAAACUUUUUGUGUGCCAUCUAACGAUUAUUUUCAUUAUCGAUUAAUCUGUUGAUUAUUUAAGCGAUUAAUCGAUUAGUUGUUGUCAAUAAAAUGUUGAAAAAUAUCAAUCAGUGUUUCCCAAACCACAAGAUGACGUCCUCAAAUCUCUUGUUUUGUCCACAAACCAAAGAAUAUAAUAGAUAAGAUUCAGUUUAUUGUCAUAAAGGAACAAAGAAACCAGAAAUAUUCACAUUGAAGAAGCUGAAAUCAGAGAAGAUGGACUUAUUGUCUUUAAAAAACUGCUCAAACCAAUUAUUCGACUAUCAAAAUAGUAAUAGUAAUAAUUUAAUAAUCGAUUAUUGUUCGAUUAAUCGAAUAAUUGUUGCAGCUCUAGUGCCAUCACUUCUUUACUUGCUCCUCAGUGAAAUAUCUGACAUACAUCCAAACGCAAAUCAGCCAGAAAAUUAAAAAGUUAAAGAAGCAGAAAAUCCCUGAGUGCAUCACAUGAGUCACAAGUUUUUCCAUCGGAGGUGUUGCCUUCAUCUGGGAUUAAAGGAACAAGAGAUCAAGUAUUUCCCAGCAGGAAUAUUACGGGACACCAAAACUCUCCUUUCAAAACAAUGUUAGUACAGACGUGUCAUUAUGUAGACCACCAGGCACUAUACCUAAACUAAAAGCAAUAUUAAGAAAGCUGUCCAUUGAUGAUUACCGUACAGUACAGUAUAGCAUACAUGUUGGUCAUUUUAUAUGUCAAGGUUCUCUCUAAAAGACACUUCAGAUGUAGGAUGUUUGUAGUUGCUUCUACUGUAGAUCACAUUCUGCAAUCUCACACAGAGAAGGAACUCUUGCAGUGCUUGCGCAUUAAGUCGAAGAACACUUAACCCUUUGAUGCACAACAUGGGUCAAAAAUGACCCACGUUAAUUUCCCAUGUUAUUUCAUGCUGGCUGUGUGUUUGAAUCUCUCUUUUUUUAUUACAACAGAUCAUUAUAUCCAUUAUUCCUUCCUUCCUUCCUCAUAUUUUAUGAAGAAAAAUAUUUUUUGUAUUGUUACAUCAAGUUUACACACAUGGGUCUAAAAUGACCUUGUGCAUUAGAAGCAUAGUGAUACAAAAAGUGAUACACUAAAUUAACAAUUUGAGUAUAUGUGUCACUAUGUUUGUCUUAUUUUCAAGGUUUAACUUUAAAGCAGUUGUUAGAGCCACCAGAUUACAUUGGAAAAUCACAUAUUUUAACAUUUGAGACUUUAGAGCCACCAAAUAAUAAUUUCCAAUUGGAAGAACACCAAUUUAACAAAAUGAGAUAGUUAAUAUUUGAGUCUUCUUUGUCAGGUUUUAAAUUGGUGACAACAUAUAAACACCUUCUAAUGCACAACAUGGCUCAAAAAUGACCUUGUGCAUUAGAAGUGUAGUGAUAAAAAAAGGGUUUUUAUUCAAAAGGUAAGAAAUGAAAACCAAAAAUUAGGAUGUAUGAAGAUCAAAAACAAGUUAUUUGAGGAAAACCUGGAAUACUGAAUGAUGAAAUUAAUUUAUUGCAAAGAUAAAUAAUAUAAAAACUUAGUCGGGUCACUUUAGACCAUGUUGUGCAUCAAAGGGUUAAUGCACCAGUCCAUGUCAUUACCUCUGCUCUGUCUCUCCACCUGAGUCCUCAAAGCCAGCCAGAGGAAGAACCUGUUGCUUUACUUGCUGUUUUCCCUGUAGAACCUGAUAAUGUAAUAAA